UUUUCAAAUCCCCUCUAAUUAUAACGUAGGACACCCAUACCAAAAUCCGGUCACAUCUCGUCAGGCUGUUAAAAGGCUAGGCAACGUUUUCCAACCGGGUCAUCAAGGGAGCAUCGACGGACAUUGACAGUGCAAUACCAGAGAAAGUCAACGUCUACAGUAAGCAGCGGUACGUCUACAAAAAGCAGUGGUACGUCUACAGAAAGCAUUGGCAAGUCUACAGAAAGCACUGGCAAGUCUACAGAAAGCACUGGCAGGUCUACAAAAAGCACUGGUUUGUCUACAGAAAGCACUGGCAAUUCUACAAAAAGCACUAGCAAGUCUACGUAAAGAAAUAAUAACUCUACAAGCACAGGUACCUCUCGAGACCUUCAGGCAACAUUUCAACAUGCUUUUUAGACGUUAUACAUAUAAGAUUGUAUUGAUCUUGAUUUGGUCUGUUGUGUUUCUCUGGUGGUACACUACACGACAUGGCGGUCUUGAUGGAGUACUUUCAGAUCACUCAACUCAAAUCCGGAAUGACGCGGGACCUUUACUACCAGACACCACAGGAUGUGUUCCUAAUAUAGCGGCUGAUCCGUCAGUUGAUUCCAGUGCAAAGUUUUAUUCAGUUUGGAAAGACUCAGUAAAAGAUGUACAAAAAAGGGAGGGUAUAAUAAGGAAAAUUAUUUUUUGGACAAAGUUAUGGAAAAAACACUUAAACGUUUUCAUGCCAGGAAAAGAAGGCAAACUGUGUCCAACGUUACCACAGUGUAUUUUUACAACAAGCGCAGAAAAUCUUAAAAAUGCUGAUGCUGUGGUCUUCGAAAACAGUCAACUACCAGGUACGUACAUCAAGUCAGAAAUGCCACUGACACGUUCGCCACAUCAACAAUGGAUCUGGUUUAUUUCUGAAUGCCCGAACUACCUGACAAUUGACCUGAACUCAUAUAGUGGUGUUUUCAACUGGACCAUUACGUACAGGACUGACUCUGAUGUGUCAGGAGCCUGGGGAUCUCUACACAUGGUUUACAGCAGACUUAAAGGAGCUGAUCUUGAUCCUAACACAGACUAUUCAGUAGGAAAAACUAAGCUUGUUGUCUGGUUUAUCAGUAAAUGUUCAUCAAGAGCUCAACGUAUUUUGUAUGCAAAUGAAUUAAUCAAGCAUAUACAUGUUGACAUCUUUGGCAAAUGUGGAAGAAUUGUUUGUGAGAAGCAGGACUUCGCGUGCACAGUACAAUACAUUCGGCAAUACAAGUUCUAUCUCGCGUUUGAAAAUAUGAAGUGUAAAGAAUACAUAACUGAAAAGUUCUGGAGACAUGCUUUAACUAAUAACGUUGUUCCAGUUGUGUUAGGGGCACCUAAGAAAGAUUAUGAAUACUUGACUCCUCCGAACUCAUUUAUUCAUGUGGAUGACUUUGAGUCACCAAAAGCCUUAGCUGACUACCUGAAGCUACUCGAUACAGACUCAGAGAUGUACAAUCAGUACUUCAAAUGGAAGACUAACCCCCCAAAAAGCAUCCCUUUGGAUAACGGGGUGUGGUGUAAUCUAUGUCGGAAGCUCAUCCGGAUAUGCCCUGAUACAAGAAAGAUGUAUACUAACCUUGACAAAUGGUACAGAGGUGAGAACAAUGAUCAAUGCGUCCCGUUACGUAAUGGGACGUAUCAUGAGGUGCAGUUUGCAUCCAAUACCAAUGAUCUAUAG